AUGAAUCUCACCUUGACAGAUACUAACUAUCAAACAGAUGAUCCAUAUUCUCUCGAUCAUAUGACUAGCCCAAGAUUCAACAAUCUUGUUAUCCGUCCAUUACUCGACAGACUGUACGACGAGUAUGAUUACUCAAUAGUAUACUGCCUCUUGGCAAACCGUGUCCAGUUUCUUCGCGAACAGUCCAGCGUUGUCCAUCAAAGCACCAGCAUCGCCAGAGCCAACCUGUGCGAGCUCCUGGCCAUACGCAUCAUACGCAAUUUUCAAGAAGACAACUCUGGUCAGGGUGGCUUACUCACACUCUCCAAAAUCCUCGUCGAAGGCUUUGAUCCCUUCUCGGGUGCCCCAGAGGAUGUUCAGACUUCAGGCCGCUACCCCCAAUGGCCAAUCCAAAACCGCGGGGGACACGAAAGAAAGAUCACAGCCCUCGAGUUAGCCAUCAUCUCUGAGAGCAAGAACUUUCUCAGUUCACCAGGCUGUCAACGAGUUAUCGAGGCAGUCUACCAAGGGUGGAUUGUGUAUACGCCACUGUCAUUUGUUGACCUUUUACCUAACUACUUUGAAUAUCAGCCUGUCUCUCUCUACGAUCCCCAAAAGGCACCUUUGCUGAAUCACCGUCGGCUCAUCGUCCCACGUUCCCGGUAUGCCAUUGAGUUUGUGCAAUACGUUGUUCUGGUUGUGUUAUACAUCUUGACAAUGAUGCACCGAGGCACCAACGCGCUAUGGAUGUACGAGACGCUCUUCAUAAGCUACUCGGCCGGUUGGGUCCUGCAUGAGUUUGCAGCCAUCAUCGAGCAUGGAUGGACCAUCCACUCACAGAAACUCUGGUCGUUUCUAGAUCUCACUUUCACUCUCAUUUUCGCCAUAUACGUUCUAAUCCGGGGUUGCGAAGUUAGCAUUGCGUCCAUGGAGAGGGGCAUGGCGCUCAACUUCUUAUGCCUAGCAGCACCUGUGCUGCUCACUCGACUAGCUUUCAACAUCCUUCCAGACCACAUCGUCUUCAUAUCACUUCACGCAAUGAUGAAGGAAUUUCUAAUUCUGACCUUUCUGGCAACCUGGUGCUUCACUGGUUUCUUAUUAGCACUGCAGUGGUUGGCAACAGGAGAUGAGUCGACCACUAUUCCUGGAGACUUCACCAUCAUCAAGUGGCUUCUAUGGAUCUGGUUUGGCCUGGAUGGAACUGGCAUCGAAGCAUCUGUUCAGUUUCAUGCUAUCCUCGGACCGGGCCUUACUAUCGCUUUUGCGUUUCUCGGCAACACGCUAUUCCUCACUAUUCUUGUCUCACUGCUCACGAACCGGUUCUCCAAAAUCGUCACAUCGGAAACGGUCGAGAUACAGUUUAGACGCGCAGUUUUGGCAUUCGAAGGUGUCAAAAGUGAUGCUAUUUUCGCUUAUCCGCCGCCUUUCAACCUAUUCGCCCUUGCUAUACUUCUUCCCCUGAGGUUUAUUCUCUCCCCGCGGACAUUUCACUUCACACACAUUACACUUGUCAGGAUAUCCAACGCACCCCUGUUACUUGUUAUCGGCCUCUACGAGAGGCAUCGCCAAUGGGCUACAGUAUCAGGAAGGAAGUCAUCUAGACCGUGGCAGUUCACAGGUUUCUCACCCCAUGGUGAUAUACAGGCUGUUUUCGAUGUUGAACCGCCGUUGUAUGUCCAAGAGGAGGCUGACGAGCUAGACGGCUUGAGUGAGAUGGGAUUUUCGGACAACGACGCGGUUUCUAGGUUGUCGAGAGAGAUGAGACCACCAGUUGUGUUCUCACUAAGCAACGCGAAAGUAGGGAGCCCUAGAUAG